UAUGCUUGUUCGGAAAGCUUACUUUUUAUAAAGUGGGCAUAAAUCUGAGAGUAUUUACAUUACAUACCUGUAACCAGGAUUACUUCAUUGAUAGCGUAUUUCUACAGAAUUGAUUGUUGACUUUAAUUAAACAACACUAAAUAGGAAAGCAAAGAGAAGAAAAGGGGGGAAAAAGGAGUUGCUAUAUUCCUGUUAAAGUAGAAUUAUGAUGCACCUAUCACUAUUCAUUUUGAUCUUCUAUUAAUUAGCUAUUUUCCCAAAUGAAUUCGUUCAUAUGUUCAGCAAUUGCUUACUGCUUAUCUUGGCCCGGAUUUUUUUUGUUACUCAUUAUAUGGAUCGGAUUAAACUGAUCAAGGAUGCUAAAGGAUACUAUUGUAGCACAUGCCGACAACGAUUCCCAAUGAAAGUAAAUGUCUCAGAAACUCAAUGUCCAGCUUGCCAAAGAGUUGGUAAUAGUCCAGCUCGAACCAUCCAACGAUCUUACAGUCCUAAAGAAAAAUGCAUAGUUUCUCAAGUUGUGGAAAAGAUAAAGAAAUUUUUUUCAGGAGAUCCUCAAGAAAGAAGUGAUAACGAUAAACCCAAGUCAAUGAAUUGUAAUCCGUCUCCUUUGAUGCCUAGAAUGCGGUCGAUAACAUCCAGGAAACGGGCACUGCUUAUCGGAAUUACUUAUACAAAGUGGAAGCACAAGCUUAAGGGUACUGUCAAUGAUGUCAAGAAUAUGAGAAAACUGUUGAUAGAAACGUAUGGUUUUCAGAAAGAAAACAUUCUUGUGCUUACAGAAGAGGAGACAGGACCAGAGUUUGCUCCUACAAAAAAAAACAUACAGAAAUCAUUAAACUGGCUUGUGGAGGGCUGCCAGGCAGGUGACUCCUUGGUAUUCUACUUCUCCGGUCAUGGACUACGACAACCGGAUUUCAAUGACGAUGAACUUGAUGGAUAUGAUGAAACUAUUUGUCCAGCUGAUUUCUUAGAAGAAGGGAUGAUUCUCGACAAUGAUAUCAAUUCUACCAUUGUUUGGCCUCUUCCUAAAGGUGUCACCCUCCAUUCUAUUGUUGAUGCUUGUCAUAGUGGAACCAUCCUUGAUCUUGUGCAUAUCUACGACAGGGAAAAGAAGAAAUGGCGAGACAAUAGCCCUCCAAACGGGACAAGGAAACAUACCGAUGGUGGAUUGGCAAUUUCUAUCAGUGCUUGUGAAGAUAAUCAAAUGGCUGCAGAUACCACAGCUUUCAGUGAAAAGGGAAUGAACGGUGCUCUGACCUAUAUUCUGAUAGAAAUUGUAAAAAGACAUCCUGGACCAACAUAUGGUGACUUAAUUGAUCUGAUACAUGAAACCAUUGACGCAGUAAAUAGAAGUGGAUGUGUUCCUGUAAGAAUUAUAAGAUCAAUGCUAAACAACAAGUUAAUACAGACACCUCUCCUUUCAGCUUCAGAACCAUUUGAUGUGAAGAAGAAACAUUUUAUUUUAUAAUCAUAAAUCUCAAAUCAACACUCACAGAAUAACAAGACAAAGACAAUCAAAUGAUGGAUCCUUUUUGUAUCUCUAUCAAUUCUUAGUGAUCCUGACCCAACGAUAGUUUUUCAGACCCAAGUAAGUCUUUCUGCAAGGGUUAAAGAUAAUGAUGCAGUAUUCUCCAGUGCAGAAUAUUUUAGGCAUUCCGGGUUUAGAAUCAGUAGAAAGGAAGAAGAGGAGGAUACACAUAUAUUAAUUUCUGAGAGAGAGAGUUGCUUUCAGGAGACCAAUAUUUAAUAAGUCUUUUCUUUCCGUCCUGCAGUUGUACUGUUGCUGAGUUACAUAAGUAGAAUGGCAGUGGCAGAGAAGAUUUGGAUAUAAUGAAUCAAAAUUUUCACAUUGAUUUUCUAUUUGGUUAUCAAUUUUUUCUUAAUGUCAUAUAUUAUUGUCCUCAAACUUAUCAUAUUUGGCUGAUUAAUAGUCCUUCUUUUGUUCCUUUUCUUCUGAUUCAUUUCUUUACCCCGACACCUAAUAGAGAAAGAAGGAAGAAGAAUCAAUUGUAA